AAAGGCAUGUGAGUGAACCGUAGCUGCGUCCUUCUGUCUGUAGACGAUCUCUGCACGUGUGACGUGAACCGUGACGUUCCUCAGCGGUGGAGCUCAGCGGUAGAAGCGCAGCAUCAGCGCAGAAUGGGGAAGAAACAGAAGAAAACCGGGGAAGACAGUGCCAAAGGAGAUGAUAUCGAUAUUGAUGCAUUGGCAGCGGAGAUUGAAGGUGCUGGAGCCUCUAAAGAGCCCAAAGGGAAGAAGGCAAAGAAGAAAGGAGCCAAAAAAGAUGACUUUGAUGAAGAUGACAUUCUGAAGGAGUUGGAGGAGUUGUCUCUGGAGACUCAGGGAGGAAAGGCUAAGAUUUCAGAUGUCACAGAUGAUGUGGAUGACAUUGAUGCACCCAAACCAGAGAAGAAGAAGACUAGGAAGGGGAAGAAGGGUGGAGCCAGUCCUCAGGAUGAGGAUGGAGAUGAAGGAGAGGUUCGUGCAGAGCCAGAGAGGAAUGGAGAACAGAGAAACAAGAAGGACUCUCCUCCCUCUGAUUCUGACGAUGACAGCAGCUCACAAUCUCGCAACAAGACCAAACCAGGAAAGAAAGAAGGGAAAAAAGCUCCAGAGUCUGACGUUGAAGACCAGGAUGAAGGUGUAGAGAAAUCAGGAGUAACAAAAGAGGAAGAGUCUGAGGACGAGGAGUUCACCUCCAGGAGGGAAAAGAAGAAAAAGAACAAAGGCAAGGCCAAAGAUGAGAGCGAAGAGGAGGACGAGGAGAACAGGGAGGCAGGAGAAACAGGCGAGUUUAAAAUCAAGACGGCCGCUCAGAAGAAGGCAGAGAAAAAGGAGAGGGACAAAAAAAAGAAAGAGGAGGAGAGGAUGAAGCAGAAAAAGCUCAAGGAGAAAGAAAAGGAGGUAGAGACCAAGGUAGAGAAGAAAGCUACAGCAGACCCCAUACCCACACCUAUGGCUCCAACCACUGCAAUGGAGGAACAGGAAGAGGUGGAGCCAGCAGCAGAUGAUGAUGGGGACAAAAAGAAGAAGGACAAGAAGAAGAAGAAAGGAGAUGAGAAGGAGAAGGAUAAGGAUAAGGAUAAGAAGAAGGGACCCAGUAAGGCCACAGUGAAGGCCAUGCAGGAGGCACUGGCCAAGAUGAAAGAGGAGGAAGAGCGAGCAAAGAAAGAGGAGGAAGAGCGACAGAGAAGGUUGGAAGAGCUGGAGAAGCAGCGGCUGGAGCAGGAGCGUCUGGAACAAGAACGUAAGGAGAAGAAGAAGCAGAAGGAAAAGGAGAGAAAGGAACGCCUUAAGAAGGAAGGAAAGCUGCUGACCAAAGCCCAGAAAGAAGCUCGAGCUCGAGCUGAGGCUACGCUGAAGAUGCUUCAGGCUCAGGGUGUUGAAGUGCCAUCCAAAGACUCUGUGCCAAAGAAGAAACCAGUUUAUGGAGACAAGAGGAAGAAGAAACCAAACGCUGCCACACAUGAAGAAUCCUCAGAGGUGACAUCUCCAGUGUCAGAAACACCAGAACCUGUUCCAAUGGAGAACAACACAGAGAAGACGACAAUAGCACAAACAGAGGGCAAGGCUGAUGCAGCUGUGGACGACUGGGAGGCCAUUGCCAGUGAUGAGGAGAAAGAGCUGAAGAAAAAUCACGUCCUAAAGAAGGAGGACUCAUCAGCUACACGUCCCUCUCAGCCUGCAGGCAAUGAGGAGGAAGAAGAUGAGGAAGAGGAUGAAGACGAGGAGGAAGAUGAGGAAGAUGAUGAAGAAGAUGAGGAGAGCGAGGCUGAGGAUCGGGACCGAGUGACGACGACAACAACAACAACAACAACAACAACAACAACCACAGCACCAGCGCACAGUAAGAAAAAGGAGAGUGAGGACGACAGCAGUGAGAGCGAAGAGGAGGACGGAAGGACAAAGGAGGAGCGACUAUACGACAGAGCCAAGAGAAGAAUAGAGAAACGCAGAUUAGAAAAUCAGAAGAACACUGACCUGAGCAAACUAAGAGCUCCUGUCGUCUGUGUGCUCGGACAUGUCGACACGGGCAAGACCAAGAUCCUGGACAAGCUGCGUCACACUCAUGUUCAAGACGGUGAAGCUGGAGGAAUCACUCAACAGAUUGGAGCUACCAACGUUCCCAUACAGACCAUCGAAGAGCAGAUAAAGAUGGUCAAGAAUUUUGACAAAGAAAGCAUCAAGAUUCCGGGCAUGUUGAUCAUUGAUACACCAGGACACGAGUCUUUCAGUAACCUAAGGAACCGUGGCAGCUCCCUGUGCGACAUCGCCAUCCUGGUGGUAGAUAUCAUGCACGGCCUAGAGCCACAGACGCUGGAGUCCAUUAAUCUUUUGAAGGAGAAGAAGUGUCCCUUCAUCGUGGCCCUCAACAAGAUUGACCGCCUGUACGACUGGAAGAAAAGUCCUGAAACAGAUGUGGCUGUCACACUGAAGAAGCAAAAGAAGAACACCAAGGAUGAGUUUGACGAGAGGGCAAAGGCUGUUAUUGUGGAGUUCGCUCAGCAGGGUCUAAAUGCAGCCUUGUUCUACGACAACAAAGACCCUCGUACCUUUGUGUCCUUGGUUCCCACAUCAGCCCACAGUGGAGACGGGAUGGGAAACCUGAUCGCUCUGUUGGUGGAGCUGACACAGACCAUGUUGGCCCGGCGGUUGGCUCACUGUGACGAGCUGAGAGCCCAAGUCAUGGAGGUGAAAGCUUUGCCUGGAAUGGGAACAACGGUAGAUGUCAUUCUCAUUAAUGGACGUCUGCGUGAAGGAGACACAAUCAUCGUCCCCGGGGUGGAUGGACCAAUUGUAACACAGAUCAGAGGAUUACUGCUGCCUCCUCCUUUGAAAGAGCUGAGAGUCAAGAAUCAAUACGAGAAGCACAAAGAGGUCUCCACUUCUCAAGGUGUGAAGAUUUUGGGUAAAGACCUGGAAAAGACACUGGCAGGGCUCCCCCUGUUGGUGGCCCACAAGGAGGAUGAGGUCCCAGUUCUAAAGGAUGAGCUGGUGCGUGAACUCAAACAGACGCUCAAUGCCAUCAAACUGGAGGAGAAAGGAGUUUAUGUUCAGGCGUCCACGUUGGGAUCUUUGGAGGCUCUGCUGGAGUUCCUCAGGACGUCCAAAGUCCCAUAUGCAGGCAUCAACAUUGGUCCAGUCCACAAAAAGGACGUGAUGAAGGCCUCCGCCAUGUUGGAACAUGACCCACAGUAUGCAGUGAUCCUGGCCUUUGACGUGAAGGUGGAACGAGACAGUCAAGAAAUGGCCGACAGUCUGGGUGUCAGGAUCUUCUCAGCUGAGAUCAUCUAUCACCUAUUUGAUGCCUUCACCAAGUACAGAGAAGACUACAAGAAGGCCAAACAGGAAGAGUUCAAACACGUGGCUGUGUUUCCGGCGAAGAUUCGAGUUCUUCCUCAGUUCAUCUUCAACUCCAGAGAUCCCAUUGUUAUGGGCGUCAUCGUGGAUGCUGGAAUUCUUAAGCAGGGAACGCCGCUCUGUGUCCCCAGCAAGGGGUUUGUGGACAUUGGAAUUGUGACCAGCAUUGAGAUGAACCACAAACCGGUGGACUCUGCGAAGAAAGGACAGGAAGUGUGUGUGAAAAUCGAGCCCAUUCCCGGAGAAUCUCCGAAGAUGUACGGACGUCAUUUUGAAGCUACAGACAUCAUUGUCAGUAAGAUCACACGAGCAUCAAUCGAUGCUCUGAAGAACUGGUUCAGAGACGAGAUGCAGAAGUCUGACUGGCAGCUGAUUGUGGAGUUAAAGAAGACCUUUGAGAUCAUCUGAGGGACCCAACACACACACACACAGAUUUAAAAAAACACAGAGUUAAAGACACAUACACACUUCCUGAGAGGACGAAGAGGGAAGGGAAAAAAGUGUUUUUCUGUGAGAAACGAACAGAGUUUUCCACUGUUGUUAACAGUGAUUGUUUAGACAUUUCACAUACAUACAUACACACACUCAGUAUUCCAACGUGCCUGUUCUACAGCAACAACAAGGUUGUGUUAUAGUUUUCUUCUGAUCCUGGUACACCAUGGGGAUUGUACAUGUACAGAAAAGCAUCAACAGGAAAGGAGAAGAGAAUUUAGAAGAAAAAAAAAUACAAUUUUUCACAUUAAGGUCUCGGUGAAGUCACUGACAUCUGCGUUUCCAUAGACAAACCAUGAACAGAUUUUAAAGUCCUGUGGGUGAAGCUCAGAUUUCACUUCAACAAUUUUGGAAAUUGAUGGAAAAAAAUUCACUAUAAGGUGAGAAAUGUUUUUUAAAAAAA